GCAGCCUGGCAGGGUAUGGCCCUGGGGCUGACACGCCCCCGCAGCCCCCCCCCACCCGUGCCAAGCUCUGCCUCCUGCGGGCACCAGGAUCCCCGUCCUUCCGGACUCCUGCCCAGCCACGUGCGUGAGUGCCUCAUUGGGCACCAGCGAGACCCAGGAAGGGACCGGCAGCCAGGCCGGGCACCCUACCACCACCCGCUGCAGCCCCAAGAUAGCCAAUGGUGGCGGGUGCUCGGAACCGGAGCCAGGGGAAUCGCCCGUGUUUGGGGUCAGGAGCUGCCCGGAGUGGGGCAGCACAGGUGGUCGUGUGCCAGGCCAGCAGAUCUGCCCCUGUGUCCGGCCCCUGGCAGCCCCUGGCAGCUCAGAUUCACGGCACAAUGGGGUGCAGAGGACACGCAGGAGGCCGCUGGGGAGCAGCAGGAGCAGCAGGCCGAGGAUGGACAUGGGGACAGCCCUGCCUGUGAGCUGCUGGAGCAGGAAACGCUCCCGAAGCCCUCCCAGGCCCCUGAAACGGACGAAGAUGAGGGCUUUGGUGACUGGUCCCAGAAGCCAGAGCCGCGGCGGCAGUGCGGGGACACCCAGGAGACCCCAGAGGAUGGCCGGGAUCCCGCCUUGGGCAAGAGUCUGCACAGGGAGCAGCAGCAGGCGCAGUCCAGGUCUCCCAGCCCACCCAUGCAGCAUGCCUGUGAGGACCAGGUGGAGGACCGGGCUGACCAGAACCACGCCCAGGGCCACCUGCAGGGCCUGUGUCUGAGCCAGCCGGGGCCGAGCCUGGAGCACACUCAGGCACAGGAGCGUGAGAAUUGGCAGCCACCCAGGACGCCCAGUCCCCUGCUCGUGCAGACGACAGAAGGGCGGAACUCACCUCCCCAGAGUCCCACCACCAAGCUCAGAGACGGGACCGAGUCCCUGAGCCUCUUGGUGCCGGCCAGCAGCAGCGAGAGCAAGGCCCAGCCCACCUUGCCGGUUGCCAGGAUUGACGAGAGGCUGGAACAGUACACCCAGGCCGUCGAGACCGCAGGCCGGGCGCCCAAGCUGGCCCGGCAGCCCUCCAUUGAGCUGCCGAGCAUGGCUGUGGCCAGCACCAAGAAUCUCUGGGAGACGGGGCAGGUUCAGGCUCAGUCUGAAACCAAGACCACCUCCAACAAGGACAUUGUGGCCGGAGACCUGAGCAAGAGAAGCUUCUGGGAGCAGAGAGGAGGACCCAAGACCUCCUCGACAGUUAAGAGCACCCCGUCAGGGAAGAGGUACAAGUUUGUGGCCACGGGACACGGGAAGUACGAGAAGGUGCUGGUGGACGAGGCCUCGGCCCCAUAGGCGUCCCGACCCGGUGAGC